AUGCUCCGUCGAGGCACCACGGUGUCAUCUUUCCCCAGCGACUUGAUCGGAGCCACUGGGCGUCGUUACGUCUUCAGUCAAUUGAUUCAAGAGCGGCCGCACGUGGGGCGUGUCUGGUUGGCAACAUCCGGCAGUGACAAGUUUAUCUUGAAAGUUGUCCCCGACGCGAUUUUCGCCGGCUUUAAAGAGAAUAUACUGCCGAGGUUUCGCGGUAAAUCGGUGCAUAGUCGACUUCCUCUAGAUACCAUUUCAGACCAGCGCGUACUCGUCUACAGAUAUCUCACCGAUGAUUUCUCGAACCUGGUCAAUAAGGGAAUUUCAAUGCGAGCCAGGAAGCAGAUUCUCAAGGCUAGCUUGCUAGGUAUUGCCGAGCUGCACGACUAUGACAUUGUCCAUCUAGAUAUCAAACCCGACAACAUCAUGGUCGACUGCCACGGGGAUCCCCCAACGAUUACGGUGGAGCAGGUACAAAUCGCAGACCUCGAGAACGCCGCUUACCUUCCCAAAGGGAGAUGCAUCAAAGGGAUGCUUGCCGGCAAUGACAACUGGCGUAGCCCUGAGGCGCAUCUCAAGGGUGAGCUGAACAAACCGGCCGACAUAUUCUCGUUCGGGGUCGUCUGUAUCUUCGCCAUGCUAGGUCGCGUUAUCCUGGGACCUGACGAUGAUUUUCGAAAGCAUAUGGCGCAGGGUGCCUUGCCAGCCAUGAUCCGGCUCCAGCGCCAGGUUUCGUACUUUGGAGACCAGGAAGGCCUGAAUGGCCUAAUGAAGCACGUUGGCGACGAGGAGGUCAGCUGCCAAAUCUUGAAGAUGCUCUGGGAAGAUCGGAAGGCAGACUACAUCCCCUACGACCCGUUCUCGGACUGGACCGAAGUCGAGCAUGAUGCACCGUUCAGGGACCUCAUUCGAAAGCUGACCGACUUGGACCCUUCCCGGCGGAUUCCUGCCCGCCAAGCGCUCGAGCAUACCUGGUUCGAAGGAGUCGAUUAUUGA